AGUCUGAGCUGCAUUAAUGCCGGGAAGUUGUCUCGAGGAGAUCUGAAACACUGCUUCAUCCCCUGCACCCCCAAAGGCUGCAUGGAGCUCAUCAGACAGACAGGUGUGUUUGUGGGGGGGAAACACGCGGUGGUGGUCGGUCGCAGUAAGAUCGUCGGCGCCCCGAUGCACGACCUCCUGCUGUGGAACCACGCCACAGUGACCACCUGUCACUCAAAGACCCCAGACCUCCCCGAACAGGUGAGCCGGGCCGACAUCCUGGUGGUGGGGGUGGGCCAAGCAGAGAUGGUGAGAGGGGAUUGGCUUAAGGAAGGGGGCGUGGUCAUCGACUGUGGGAUCAACCACAUAGCAGAUGAGACGAAGCCGAGCAAUAAACGGGUCGUCGGGGAUGUCCACUAUGCCUCGGCCAAUCAGAGAGCAGGAUUCAUCACACCUGUUCCAGGAGGGGUGGGUCCUAUGACAGUGGCCAUGCUCAUGGAGGUAAUGAGGUUUAAGUUUUUUUCAUUGUUUGAGUUUAAGUCUUUCUGA